AUGGAUGUCUCCAAUGUCUUCCUCCAUGGCCAUCUUGAGGAGCAGGUUUACUGUGAGCAGCCCACCGGUUUCGUCGACGCAUCUCUACUUGGCCAUGUGUGUUUGCUGUCCCGGUCUCUCUACGGGCUCAAGCAAGCACCCCGCGCCUGGUACCAGUGGAUCGCCGGGUUUCUUCAGACACUGGGUUUCAGCGUCACUCGCUCGGAUGCCUCACUGUUUGUCUAUCGCCACGGUGACACGACUGCAUAUUUGCUCCUCUACGUCGACGACAUCAUCCUGACGGCCUCCUCCACAGCUCUACUUCAGCAGAUUACUCUUCGGCUGCGUGACGAGUUUGCCAUCAAGGACUUGGGUGCUCUACAUUAUUUCCUUGGCAUUGAGGUCGUUCGGCGCCCGGACGGUUUCUUUCUUCAUCAGCAGAAGUAUGCGCACGAGCUCCUUGAGCAUGCUGGCAUGCUCAACUGUCACCCUGUUGCUACUCCUGUUGAUACGAAGGCCAAGAUUUCUGCUCUUGAGGGCUCGCCAGCGUCGGAUGCUCCUUUCUACCGGUCCAUCGUCGGUGCUCUUCAGUAUCUGACUCUCACCAGACCGGAUCUUCAGUAUGCUGUUCAGCAGGUGUGUCUCCACAUGCACGCCCCUCGUGACUCCCAUUGGACCCUCGUGAAGCGGAUCCUCCGUUACAUUCGCGGCACGAUGACUCUUGGGCUCACUCUCACGGCGUCCACUUCUCUGGAGAUGAUGGCUUACUCCGACGCGGACUGGGCUGGCUGCCCAGACACUCGUCGGUCCACCUCUGGCUACUGCGUUUACCUCGGUCCUUCACUCAUCUCGUGGUCGUCCAAGCGACAACCCACGGUUCCGCGCUCUAGCGCGGAGGCUGAGUACCGAGCUGUGGCUAACGCUGUUGCUGAGUGCACCUGGCUACGACAGUUACUUCAGGAGCUGCAUCACGACGUCUCCCAGGCUACAGUUGUCUACUGCGACAACGUCUCUGCGGUGUACCUCUCCGCCAACCCCGUUCAUCAUCGCCGGACUAAACACAUUGAGCUGGACAUUCACUUUGUGCGCGAGAAGGUGGCCCUUGGACGUAUUCGGGUUCUCCACGUUCCGACUGCACAACAGUUCGCCGAUGUGAUGACGAAGGGACUGCCAACUUCCACCUUCGAGGAGUUUCGUUCCAGUUUUGCGUCACUGGCGCCGCUUCGACUGCGGGGGUGUGUUGAGUAUAUUGUGUACGUGUAUAUUUGUGUAUAG